UUUAAAUUAAAAAAAUUCGACUAAAAUAAAAAAAAUUCUUUAAAACUACAAAUUUUGGGAUGAUGAAAUUGUUGGACAUCCUUGAAAUUCUUUUGGAAGCUGAAGAUUGCAAACAAGAAAGAAUUGAUGGUGAUAUCAUUGGUAGUCGAAAACUAGAGGCUAUCAGCUGAUCUAAUGCUUGAGAUGGAAAAACAACAAAGGACUCAAGGUGAAAAUUUGGCAAAAGCUGGAUGUUUAUCUGAUGAUGCUAAAGCUGGAAUAACCCCAGCACCUGGAAUAGUACCAUGUCCUCCACCACCACCUCCAUUUUGUAUCGGUUCAUUAAAUGACAAACCUUUAAAUUUGUCAAGAGUGAUGUCUAAAAAUAUUCCUCAGUCGUCAAAUCCUUUGAAAUCCUUUAAUUGGUGUAAACUACCUGAAAUAAGAAAAACAAACUU